CCCGUUGACAUACGGAUUAUCUCUCUGCACUCUCCCCUUUCUGCACAUCUAUAAUUUGCAGGAUGCAAGGCCUACGCCCUUGCUCAAACGACGUCGUACCCCUGGACCUUACUCCCAUGACCAACUCUGCCUCGUCUUCUUCGUCCUCCUCCUUGUCCAUCGACGUCGAUGAGUCCGCUGAGAGUAGAAUCCAGCGCAUCAUAUCCGAGCAUCCCGUCGUCAUCUUCGCCCGAUCCUCCUGCUGCAUGUGCCACGUCAUGAAGAACCUCCUCGCCACCAUCGGCGUCCACCCCGCCGUCAUCGAACUCGACGACCGUGAGAUGGCCGCUCUGCCGCUCUCCGACAACAACGGCACCCAAGCCCUUCCGAAUAAUCGCGCCCCCACCGUAUUCAUCGGCGGAACCUGCAUCGGCGGCUUGGAGUCCCUCGUUGCCCUCCACGUCAGUGGCCGCCUCGUCCCCAGGCUCGUCGAAGUCGGUGCUCUCUGGGUAUGAUUUCAUCCAUAUCGUCAUCCUCCUGCCUCCAUAUGUACUGUAAAUUAAAAACUAAAACUUGGAAAUGUAUGACUGGUGUGUACUGUCCACGAAAUCUGAAAUCUAAAAAAUACUAGGCACGAGGUGUUUGGUAUUGAUAUGAAAAACAAGCGUAUGGGAAUUUAAGGGCAGGUUUUCAUUA